AUGGUGGCAGAGCCAACAUCAGGAAUACCCCCAGCAUGCAACAGUGACAGGCAGUAUGAGCACCUGGGCCGGUGCUGUGACAAGUGUAAGCCCGGGACCUUCCUGGCUGAGAAGUGCUCAGCCACAUCCGGAAGCAUCUGCCGGCCGUGCCGCCUGGAUGAGUACCUGGACACCUGGAACGAAGAAGACAAGUGUCUGGUGCACAAAGUGUGUGACUCAGGCAAAGCCCUGGUGGCAGUGGAUCCGGGCAACCAGACGGCCCCACGACGCUGCGCCUGCACCCUGGGCUACCACUGGAGCCAGGACUGUGUCUGCUGCCGCCGCAACAGCGAGUGUGCGCCUGGCUUUGGCGCCUUGCUCCCGGUGCAGCUUGGCACUAACACUAUCUGCAGGCCCUGCCCACUAGGAUUCUUCUCCAACAACACAUCUUCCACCGAGAACUGCAAGCCCUGGACCAACUGUUCUGCACUUGGCCGUACUGUGGGCACUCCCGGGACCAACCGAUCAGAUGUCGUGUGCAGUCCUGGAACCUCACCAAAUGAGCCUCGGAUCUACUUGCCCGGUUUAAUCAUUUUGCUGCUCUUCACAUCUGUGGUGCUCCUGGCCACCGUGGUGGUGGCUGUUUACUACCGGAAGAAAGGGAAGAUCCUUACAGCUAACCUGUGGCACUGGGUCAAUGAGGCCUGCAGCCGUCUGAGUGGAAAUAAGUUGUCACCCCAGGAUAAGGCCAGGUGCCAUGUGUACAUCUCCUUGGGAGAAUGGCCACACUUCUUGGGCAACACUGUCAGCUGGCACUGCCCCAGUGUCCCAACAGUCUUAGGAAUGCUGAGUCCUAGUAACUCUCUCCCUCUGCCCCUCCAGCAGCUGGUGGUCUCCAGCAGUCCUGGCCUUGUGGCUCACACAGAAGCUUCGAGUCAGCUGUCGCUGUACGAAGGUGUUUCACUGCUGACUCUGAGAGAGAAGACAACAUCUCCGGAUGUGGCCUGUCCGAACCGUGGAGGUGUGUGUGGCCAAGGAGAAGAGGCCGCAGUGCUGACUUUGGUGAAUGAGACGGAGGAGGCCGCCUUCUGGCAGAUACCCAUGGAAGAUGAAUAUAUGGACCGGUCCCCACAGAGUCUAGAUUCCCUGUCCUCGGUGCUCCCUGCUCAUCCUGGUAGCAAGGGCACAGCUCCUUUCUCUGAGCCCCUGGAGGUGGGGGAGAAUGACAGCUUAAGCCAGUGCUUCACGGGAACGGAGAACCUGGUGGAUUCGGACAGUUGUGUGUCCUCUGGGCCCCUGUCCAGGACGGACUGGGGCUGUGUGUGCUGUGAAAAGAAUGGGCAGCAGCUGGAGGCAGUGCCAGGCUGCCAUUGGGCAGCCUGUGCCAGCUCUGCAGACGGCUGUUCGGGCUGCAGGCACUCUCCAGAAGAGGAUGGGCAGCCCCUCCUGGGCUGCCCGAAAGUGGCCUCUCUGCCCCAGUGUAUGUAUGGGCUGGGCCCACUGCCCACAGAUGCUGCAGCCGACAAGGUGGAGAUGGGAGGCCAGGCCACAGAUGGCGCUGACCCGAAGCUGCCCAGCUCCGAGCCAACAGGAGGCCACUCCCCUGAUCAACCUCCUGUGUCAGGCAAUGUGACAGGGAACAGUAACUCCACGUUCAUUUCCAGCGGACAGGUGAUGAAUUUCAAAGGGGACAUCAUCGUGGUCUACGUCAGCCAGAACUCACAGGAGGGCACAGUGGGCCCUGGCGGCUCAGGGGAGCACAUGGGCCACCCGGUGCAGGAGGAAAGCCCACCCUGCUGCGACUCAUUCGCGGGCCUUGGGCCACGUUUCCCGGACACUUGCACAGGCUCAGGACUGCAGGAGAGCGGUGAGGACAAGGAGCCCGACCUGGCUGAGCUGGAGAAGGCCUCGAGGCCGGUGCAGGAGCAGGGAGAGACCAAGACCUGUGUGCCCUAGGCCUGGUGCUGAGCGAAUGACCCAGGGUCUGCUAGGGCCAGAGCCUCCUGGAGGUGCCCCUCAG